GUGCAGCCUCGGCGGCGGUGGUGACCCACAGUGAUUCGGCCGCCGCGCCGGGGGGUGGGGGGGCUGCGCGGGACUCUUUUCUUUCAGACUGACCGCGGGGCAGCUGGGGAGCAUGUCGACUCCGGCUCGGAGGAGGCUCAUGCGGGAUUUCAAGCGAUUGCAAGAGGACCCACCUGUGGGUGUCAGUGGCGCACCAUCUGAAAACAACAUCAUGCAGUGGAAUGCAGUUAUAUUUGGACCAGAAGGGACACCCUUUGAAGAUGGUACUUUUAAACUAGUAAUAGAAUUUUCUGAAGAGUAUCCAAAUAAACCACCAACUGUUAGGUUUUUAUCCAAAAUGUUUCAUCCAAAUGUGUAUGCUGAUGGCAGCAUAUGUUUAGAUAUCCUUCAGAAUCGAUGGAGUCCAACAUAUGAUGUAUCUUCUAUCUUAACAUCAAUUCAGUCUCUGCUGGAUGAACCGAAUCCAAACAGUCCAGCCAAUAGCCAGGCAGCACAGCUUUAUCAGGAAAACAAACGAGAAUAUGAGAAAAGAGUUUCCGCCAUUGUUGAACAAAGCUGGAAUGAUUCAUAAUAGACAACUGGUCUGUUAAUUUUUUUCAUCAUUGUUGUGUAUAAUUUACCUCUCAGUAGAAAGGCUAACAAGUUUUAAGUGCCACAGGUUUUAAGGAUUCUGCAGAAAAAAAGUCCUUCAGUUUAGAACCUACAAAAGCUUGUGUAUCUUGAUUAAUGUACUUUUUAUUGCAUGGUGUGAACUAAGUUAUUGCUUACAUAAAUUUGUAAUAUAUCCUGUUUGUAUUUUUUUCCAAGUGUAUAAUGUUGGUGUGGAGUUUUCAUGACAGAAUAAUACACAUUUUGUAAAUCUGUACUUUUUUCAAAUAUUGAAUGCCUUAUUUUUGAAUUCUUUAGAUUUUUAAAUUGGAGAAAAGCACUUAAAGUUUUUUAUAUAUGACUAUUACAUGUAAAGCUGUUAAAAUACAUAACUUCAGUGCAAGAGACUUUGUCACUUAUUUCCUUAUAUGUGUAGGAGGGGUUAAUAAGUCUCUAGCUCUCCCAUCAAUUGAUAGUUUCAUUUCCAGUUUCAAAAGAACAGAUUUAUAUUUUAUCAAGAAAUUCUUCAAAUUUGAUUCUAAACACCAAUUAUAGUUUCAAACUUUAUUUUGAAUGUUUGAAUGAAACUAUAUCAGUUUCACUUGAGCAAUUAUAGACAUAAGUGGUUUGAUUCUGUCCCACUCUGUAUUUAGGCCACUUAGAACUGUUUCUUCCUUCACUACUUAACUGUUAAACUGUACCUUUUUGCAAUUUCACAGUUUGUACCUCUACCAUGAGGAAUUGGCACCUCUACAUGGAGCAGAGAGCUGAUGCAACUUACUUUGCUGCUUGAUAGCACUUUAAAAGAUUUUGGAUAAUGGAGAAAGUAAAACUGUAAACACUUACAAAAUCCAUGCCCCACUAUUAACACUGAAUAAGAUUUGGUUGCAUUGGUUUAGCAAGGCAGAGAUUUGGAAGGAAUCUUGGUGUAACUUAAAAUAUUUGAAAACUGCCUUUUAAUGCAAUUGCAUAUCUGUUUAUUCUGGAAAAUUGUUUUAAUACCAGGGUCUGCUGAGUUGCAUUCUCUUGUGGAGAUUUUCUCUUUUCUUUUCCUUUUUUUUUUUUAUCUCCUAAGUUGUAUAAAAGUUGUACUGCAUCUUAGUUUACUGGAUAAAUUUAAAACACAGUAUUGUAGAAAGCUAAUACAAAGCUAUCCUAUGCCUUCAAAUAGUACAGAAAAUGGAAAAUAUACAAGUAAAUUCUGUUGAACCA